UUUGCAGUCAUACUAUCCGCCGAUAUUCUGUACAUCCAAGUGAUUUAAUGAGUAUUUUAAAAUUCAGACAUGUCAAGGUCAGAAGUGGGAAGCAAAAUAUAGAACUCUCUUCGAUACACAAUAGGGCCAACCAGGCAACGGUAUUUGCAGAGCUACACAAGAGGAUUAAAUUUGUGCAUUUUCAAUCAGUGAAAGGAUGUUUGAUAAGGACAGCAUUUGUGUUACAACUUUGCUCAAUGCGUUCCAUCGAAUGGGCCAUGCAACCAGAGCUUCAACAAGCAGAUGGAUGGUACUGUACUCACAGCUCUCUUGAUGGGAAAACCGGUUGGCUUUACAGGAUUGUGCGAGUUCAGGAGAUGAGAGUGAGGCUGCCCUGCCGAUCUCCAACUCUGACAUUCACGGUAGACUGUGACACCGCCGUUACCCCACCGGGGCAUUGUGCCUUGCCGUUGUCUUCUGUGCGAAGAUAUCCUCCGCCAUGCCACGUGAUGCUAGCACCAGAGCUGCGGUAUGCUGCAAGACUGCUGCUGGCGUCUACUGCCACCCAGGUUGUGGCAGAUCGUAACCCAGAGAGGGGCCAGUAACCCAGGAUGGGGGGCUAACGGGUAGUAACCCUUGCCCAAGGGGUACCCGGAGGUUCUGAAGGCACAAAGGAGGACACCUCACAUCCCCUACCAUCUUGCUGGUGUUGCCCCAGAGGAUGCAGUUUAAAGUCAUGUACCCAGGACAUAUCAAGAUAAAUAAUAUGAACGUU